AUGAAUCGUCGCGAUGCUGCGUUCCUCUACACCGGUAUGGCCCUUCGUAUGGCCAUAUCACUUGGAUUGCAUCAUGAAAUCGGUUUUAGUCCAGUACCAAGCUCAUUGCAGGGCCAGGAAGCGAAGCUAUCAACACUGGACAAUGCAACUCGCGAGCACAGACGGCGGGUCUGGUGGUCUGUUUACAGUCUGGACCGCAUAUUGUCGGUAAAAUCAGGCAAUCCCAUCACCAUCCAGGACGAAGAUAUCGGCGUAGAUUUACCGUCAAGACUACCUACCGAAGCAGAGUAUUGCCCUGCUGUGGUACUGCGGCACUACACCGAGCUGUCCCGAAUCCUCGGCGAAAUUCACAACACCAUUUAUCGCAAAACAAGCAAGACGGCUCCAAAGUCCGGGAAACGUCUGAUGACUUCGGUUCAGAACAUCGUUUUCAGUCUCUCUAAAUGGAACCGCGACUUGCCGGAAGAGUUGCGCUUUGACCCUGCGCGGCUUAGUAUCAGUCGUGAGAGUGUCAGUACUUUCGCCCAUUACUACCAGUGCAUCAACAUGACUGCGAGACCGUUGCUAUUCCACGUCGUCCAGAAACGCCUUCAGAGGAUUCGCAGCAGUGAUGACCCCGGAGAGAAGCAGCGAGACUGGAAAGAAGGCUUGUCGCAGACGACGGUCAGGGUCAUUGAUAUGUGCAUUGGUGCGGCGCAAGAUUCCAUCAAUAUUAUGACCGUUGCGGCGCAGAGAGACCUAGUCGCCAUGAACGCUGGGCUUGAUCUCCUCAAGGGAAUGGGGGAACGGGGGAACAGUUACAUGGGUGCUCGAUACGAACUUCUCGCCAAUCUUCGUUCUGCUGUCAUGUCAGAACGGGAUACUCACUUCGAGCCCCUGCCUCCUUUUCCGACAAAUUUCUCACCGACGGAGUCAAUGAUGCCAACAGGGCUUGUUUCCGCGCAAGCUACCAUGAUGCCAGCGACCAUGGGAGGUGGGCAUAGCAAUCUUGCUGCGAUGCAAGAAGUUGUUGUUGGCCAGCGGGUUACGUUCCCAGUUGUUGACAACAGCUCGCUUGGCGAGCCCUUCUACGAUGAGAGCAUGAGCACGGUGAUGGACUUUGGCCUCUGGGAGGAGGGCUUCGCCGACCCAGCCAUGGAUGCAAGCUUUGAUUUUUCGCAAUGGACACAAACGGCUGGCAUGACUCAAGCCGAUGAUAGGAUGGAUGUGUAG